AUGGAAAAGAAGAUAACAUUGAUUAAUGCCAAGCUAGAGAGUGCCUCUUCGAUUUCACCAAGUCUUCCCUCCCACAUGAAAGGGAGAGGUACACUUUCUAACUCUACUCCUCCUUCUACUUUGAGUAAUAUGCCAAGUGGUUGUGUCUUUUGUGAUAUUUGUGGGUCUUAUGACCAUGAUUGUUCAAAUUGUCCAAAUGCUUUUGAGAAUUGUGAUGAUGUUGAAAGCAAUGAUUGUGAACAAGUGAAUUUAAAUCAAGGUUUCCGAGGUAACUAUAAUAACCAAGGUUAUAGUAAUCAAAACCAAAGCCAAGGGUAUGGAAAUCAAGGCCAAUCUCAUGGCUUUGGUGGCCAACACCAAAAUUUUGGUAACAAUCAAGGCCAAGGUAAUUGGAACAAUCAAAAUAGGGGAAAUUUUCAAAACAACAAUCAAAGGGGACCCCCACCCGGAUUUGCUCCAAGACCUCAAGGAAAUGGUGAUAAUUAUUAUACUCAGCCCCCAUCUUCCAAGACUACCUUAGAGGAGAUCAUUGAGAACCAAACCAAGAUUUUGAACACCUACAUGUCGGUGAGUGAUAAGAAAUUCAAUGAGAUGAUGACACACAACAAGAUGCUUGAAACCCAAAUUACUCAACUAGCCAACACUUUGAAAGAUUGUGCUAGCCCUUCUUCACUACCCUCUCAAGGAGUUAAUCCUAAGAAACCCAUUUAUUCUAUCACCACAAGGAGUGGAAAAGUGCUUGAAGAGAGAGUUUCUAGGAAUGGUGAGGAGGAUGAGAGGAAGAGUGAUUAUGACUCAAGUGAGGAAAAAGAGAAAGAUGUGUCAAAGAGUGUGAGCAAGGAGGAAGUCCUUGAGAAAAAGAAGAGUGUUAGAGAGUGCAAGAGUAAGUGA